UUCAAGUCCACACGUUUUUUCGUUUUGCUGUCAAGUCAAUGAAUUGUAGAAUGAAGUGCAUUUCAUUCGGAGAAAAUACAUGGAAUGUGGGUUUUCUAAUACGAUCAGUGCAACAAGAUAAAAUCAUAUGUAUGUCGUCAUCGUUACAUAUGAGAAAAGAGUGAAAAUUAAUCAGAAAAAUAAUUAUUAAGGAAGAAUGCAUUAGUGAAUGAAAUAAAUGCUCUUGCUUAAGAUGGCGCCGUGACAUUGUGUGAAAUAUAUAUAAAUUUUUUAUAAAAAUUAUUAUAAUAUUAAUUUUUAAUGAACUAUUUAUGGUGUCAAUUUUGGUCAUAAUUUGAGGUUAGUUUUUAUAAAAAAAAAAAUCCGUAUAGUAUUGGAGUGAAGUUGUGUAAAUUAUCUUUUACUUUAUGCUUUUUUUGGACAAUAUUAACUUCUCUUUUUGGAGAUUGAUAACUGUUUAAAAAUAAAUUAUUAUAUCGCUAAAAUUGUCAACAAGUAACUCGAGAGUGUAUCAAGAAAUAUUCUACGUUGAUUAUACUGGAAUUUUUAAUGGGCGUUUUACAAAUGACGGUUGUUUUAAAUUCAUCUUUAUAAAGGAAUGACGUUUUUUAUAAAUGAAAAGAUAUAAAUAAAUAAGAAUUUUCUACGUUCAUUUUUAAAAAAUUUUAUUUUUUAAUAAUAUAUUUAUUGUAUCAAACAACGGUAAGAUAAUAAGAAAACAAUGGAAAAAUUUGCCGUAGACCUUGAUAAAGUGCUCGAUGAGUUUGAGUUCAAUGAAGACUGUGCAGAGCAGGUAGCUACAGUUGGAGAAUCAGUGAGUCACGUGUCUACAGAAGUAAUUCAAAGUCAAAUGUGUCCAUCGACCAAGAUUCUCAAUCAACCGGUCAUUAGCAGUAAUUCAAGUGUUCACAAGGAAAACGAUCAUAUAUUAACUGAAGGAAAAAUGAUGAACAUUCAACAAAUAAAUACUGAUGAUAAAAAUGUGUACCAACCAAAAGAAAGAAUAACAGAGACUCUGGACAUCCGCAAAGCAGAUGUAAUUCAUGGAAAUGGUGAAUCAGUAAAUGAAUUUAAUAAACGAGGCUAUCAAUUAGAUGACAAAGUUCAGCAAAAAAGAGCUGUGGACUUUUGUGAAUCUGAACCGGUUUCAUUAACUAUUCAUAAUGAUAUCUCUCAGAAAUUGGUACAGAAGAGGAAAAAUGAUAAUACUAUGUUGAAAAAUCAGAAUAGUUACGAUAAGAAACUUAAUCAACCGAAUAUUAAGCCAAGUGUUAGCAAUGUAUUUAAUAGUUUAAAUGAAUAUAUUAAUGCCUCUAGUGGAAAUAUGGAACGCAUAGACUGUUCGGUAGAUCGAAAUGAGUGUAAAAGUAGUAGAAGCGUAAUCGAUAAACAAAUAAAUAAUACAUUGGUCAAGGACAGUAAAGUGAAUGAAACAAACGAUAAAAAAACUAUUGUCGAUUCUCAAAUUAAAAAAUCGAUAAACACGUCAUUACCGGAGUAUCAGAACAUAUUGUUACCAAUAAAAAGUGAAUCUAGUAGUGAUAAAAAAUUAGAAGUCAACACCGAGGAUCCUUCUACAGCAUCAAAUAUAAAUCAAACUAAUAAAAAAUCUCCACAGACUCAGCAGAAUAAAUUAUCUGAAGCAAAAAGUGUGGUUGAUAGUUCACAACAUAUUUACGAAAACAUUCAUAUUGGUACAAACAUUUCGAAUAAUCAAGAAAAUUAUGUACCUGCAGAAAAAUUGAAAUCAACAGAUGUUUCAAGAUCUGCGAGUCAAGAAGAGACUAAACAUGUUUAUGAAAAUGUAGACUUCAAUCAACAAGCUAAUAAAGAAACAGUUUAUGAAUGUAUUUAUAUUGGUAAGACAAAUGAGUUACCAGAAACUACGACAGAACUUGAAAUUGCAGCAAAAAGAUUGAAUGAACAGUUUACUGUAAGUAUGAAAUCAUCAGAGAUGGAAACAACUGGUAUAAAUCCGACAAAACUUGUUUUUCAAAAUGUCAAUAUUAAGCCACCACAGGUGGAACAUAAACCGGUAGGUUUUAGUACAAUAGAUGAUUUAUCUGAAGAAGAAUUGAAUGAAUAUUUAGCUAAAUUAGAAGCUGAAGAGAGAGCCAAAGAAGAAGUCGCUGUAUAUGAGAACGUUUCAAUUCCAGGAUCUUCAACUUCUUCGUACAUUAAUACAAAUGAUGGUGCAUUGAGAAGAGUAAUGUCCAGUCAACAUGAUGAUGAAGAUGCGAAUGAAGCUCCAAUAUUUGAGAGCGUUACUAUAGGUGAAUUGCCGUGUGUAUCUGAAGAAAAGCUUCAAGAAAAAGCUAAAAAAUUUCCAGUUAUUGAUUAUAGUAAAAGUGGAACAAGUAGUGAGUCUGGUGAUUUUUUAGAAAAGAAGGACGUGGAAAAGUUCCACGAACCUGCAAAAACUAUUUCCGAGGUAAAGGAAAAAAAGAUUAAACAAACUGGUGAAACUGCGAAGAAGUCGUCAAAUGAUGCUUUAGAGAAUGCUGUACAAUUUGCUGCUGUACAGGAUGCAAAUAAACAAGCAAAUCUUCAGUUAACCCAAAGUGGUUCUGAUAAUUGCAAUCAGUCUUCACCAAGAGAUGCAAAUGCAUCAUCAAAAAAUAAUGAAUCAGACGAUAAGAACAACGCUGAUAAUUUUGAAACUUCCGGUACAGUUAGCAGUAUUGAAAAAUCGACUGAAUUACCUCAGGGUAUAGCAAUAAAAUCACAAGAAAAUCCCAACGAUUCUAAUCAAGGACAAAAUAUUAGUGAUUCUUUGAACGUAAACAAUAAUACAAAUUCUGUAGAGCAAUUGAGUGAAAUUCCUACUAUGGUAGAUGAUAAAAAACACACAACUGAAGCUCUUGAAACUCCCACUGAUGCUAUAGAGUCUUUGAAUUCUGAAGAGGAUUUCGAAAGACCAUCACGACCGCAAACUUUAAAUAUAGUUUCGCCAGUUAAAAUGGACAGCCACUCAACAAUAGGUUUACCAGGUGCGACUCCUAGCACGCAAGACCAACCACCGGUGACUGAAGAUCCAGUGGUAAGAGAACGGGAUCCUUCGCCAGACGCCUCAGAUAGUUCAUCGAUGGAGUUUGGAAUAAUCCUGGGAAAACAACCGCCUUUCUGGGUCCCAGAUAGUGAGGCACCCAAUUGUAUGCUUUGUGAUGCACGUUUCACUGUUAUCAAAAGACGGCAUCAUUGUCGAGCAUGCGGUAAAGUGCUGUGUAGCAAGUGUUGUAACUUAAAAUACAAACUUGAAUAUCAAAAAAAUGUAGAAUCAAGAGUAUGUUCUACUUGUUACUUGCAGUUAAUCAGAACAGAAAGUGAACACGGGAGUGGUGAUUGGUCAUCGGACUAUGCUAAUAAUGCCAGUGCAAGUAUUAAUUCACCUCAGGGAAGACAGCCUAAUCCAAAUAAUCCAAUGGAAUACUGUUCAACAAUACCUCCUUUGCAACAGCUUGCCGGUGGAUUGCCGUCACCACCUACAGUCAUGGUACCUGUUGGAGUAUUAAAACGUGAAGGAAGUACUAAACAGCGUGCAGAAGGUCAAAAGUCUGUGAUGUUCAGUGACGGAAUAAGGCCUGGAUGUGACCUGACAGAACUUGAUACAUCGUGGGAUCUGAAGCCGCCUUACCGGAAAAUUGGGAAUAAGAGAAUACCAUCACCUGGAUCCCAGUCAACUUCAGCUACCAAGAGACAAAAUUUACCUCCUCUCGAUCUACAUACGAAUAGUUAUAUUCCUCAAGAUGCCAAUAUGUUACCUCCUACAGUCACUAUUCAUAAAGGCCAAAUUUCGUAUCACGAAGUCGUUGAUCAAGCUGAACUUUUUCAAUCACUCAAAAAUGAAUGUGAACCACCAGUGAUGUUUGCAAUCAAUCGAAAUCUUUACGCCUAUGUGAAGAUAACAAAUUUAAAUUGUUGUGUGAAUAGGAUAUGCUGGAAUGUAACGUCAAGAGGUUUAGCUUGUGUUGGUCAAGAUGAAGUAAUUCUUUUGGUAGAAACUCUACCAGAAGAAACUCAAAUACCAAAAGACUUACUUAUUCACAUAAAUCAAAUUUAUACUGAAGCUAUUAAAGGCAAUACCGUAACAGAACUCGGCGUUUCAAUUCAUCAAGGAGGAAAUUUAUUAGGUUCUCGUGAACAUGCAGGAUUUCUUUUUAUAAGACAGACAUUUCAAUGUCUACAAAAAAUUGUUCUUCCACCUGCACCUUUCUUAGUUGGUCUUUUAGUCCAUAGAUGGGAAACACCAUGGGCAAAAAUAUUCCCAUUACGAUUGGUGUUACGUUUAGGAGCUGAAUACCGAUAUUAUCCCUGCCCUUUGGUGUCAGUGAGAUUCAGGGAUGCUGUUUACUUUGAAAUCGGUCAUACUAUUAUGAAAGUGUUGGCUGACUUCAGGAAUUACGCUUAUACUCUUCCAAGUGUCAGAGGUUUAAUAAUUCAUAUGCAGGAUAGGACAACAGAUGUUUUAUUCCCUCGUAAUCGUUAUGAUCAAGUGAUUAAAGGAUUAAAUAAUUCUAACGACCAUGUCCUUGCAUUUGCUGCAAAUUUCAGUAUUCAUGCAGACUCACAUCUUGUUUGCAUUCAAACUAACACUGGAGAUGAAAGCAGUUAUCAAACUCAAGCGAUAAAUAUUCAUAACAAACCACGAAAGGUGACUGGAGCUAGUUUUGUUGUAAUUAAUGGUGCAUUAAAAUCUUCCGUGGGUUUAUCAGCAAAAUCAAGUAUCGUUGAAGAUGGAUUAAUGGUUCAAAUAAUGCCAGAGAAGAUGGAAGCACUUAAAGCAGCAUUAAAAAAUAUGCAAGAUUUUUCAAUUGGUUGUGGACGUCAAGGUGCAUCUGAACCUGAUGAGACUGUUAAUAUUAAAUGGGUCGAGAAUGAUGUUCAGUUUAACUUAGGUGUUAAAAGUCCUAUAGAUGGUAAACCGAUGGAUGGUAUUCCAUCUAUUAGAGUUCACAAUGGAACUGAUUAUAUGGGAACUAGUAGAUUUAUUAGAUGGACAGAAGUUUUUAUCAUUAAAUCUGAUGAUCAUCCUAAUGGAGUUCAUGACCCUGUAGACAUUAAUAAAUUAUCAGAGAGUAUUGCUAGAGCUACCUGUGCGGCAUUGGUGAAGCUUUUAGAUCUUUUGGCAACUGCGGGACUUACUAAAUUGGCUGUUAGAACGACUAUUCAUACAGAUAAUGUUGGAUAUGAAGCAGGCAGUGAAAAUACCCGAUUACCACCAAUUUAUAUGAAUAGUUUGGACAAUGAAUUGAUCCCGGUUCUUCAUAAAGCUGCCCAAAGUAGUCAAGAAAUAAAUGUAGUGCUUGAAUUAAUUUUCCACGUUUUAGAUGAUUAAAUAUAGCAUUUAUUUAAAUUCUUCGAUUCGAAAUGCCUCUGAAAGUUGAUUAUUUUUUACACUAGGGUGACGUGCAAUUAAUUCUACAUUAGGGCAUAAAAUUGUGUCUAAUAUUAACCAAAGUGAAGAAAACGAAUACCUUUGAAUUAAGGUGAAAUAUAAGAAAGAGAAUUAGUUGUAGUAUCACAGUUAAUUUUUUGUCAACUGACAAAUGAAAAACGAAUCUCAUUGGCAGAAUUAACAUUAAGUCUUCGAAGUGUUUUAUCUACGAUUGACAAUCGUAGUCAUGUUUUCAAAUAAGUUAGACAAGAAUUGUAUUAUUAUCAAUAAAUUUUAGUAAGAUUAGGCUCCAUGUUGAGAGAAUUAACAAAGAUGGAUUUUCAAUUUUACGUCCGAUUAAAAUGAUUAUUAGUAAAGAAUUAUUGAUACAAAAAAAUACAUAGAAUAUUUUUAAUUUUCGUUCUUAAUAAUAAUUUACAAUCUAUAUUUUCGUGGCUUAAGUCU